AAGAUUAUGAAUAUGUACAAUCCGAACCAGAUAUCAACAGACCAUUCCAGGUUGCACAUGUUGGAAAAUGGAAUCUUACAGAAAAUCUACAAAUAUAUGAUCCUAAAAUAAAUUAUGAGAGUGGUUCCAAGACGUUAAAUCAUUAUUUAUGUGAUUUCGAUGAGUUAUUAUCCUGUAUGAUUCUCGAUGAAAAUGAGAAUUCUUUUACAAUACGCUAUGGAAUUUUUAUUGUCAAUGACAAAGUUCAUAUCUCUGAACGGUAUCCUAGUACCAGAAAUGUUGUGAUGGGUAAACAAACCCAAUUCUAUGGUAGUGGAGAAACCAUACUCAACAAGACAGACAGAGCAAUGAUAGCAGCACAUACAGAUACCAUUGAAACUAUUUUAAAAAUUUUAACAAUCACAGAGUCAGAUAGGAAAGGAUCAAGAUAUAAAAGUGAACUAUAUAAAUGCAAAUAUCUGUAUUACUUCAAUGAUAAUGAGUGUAAGUAUAAAGAGAAACGUGUAAUUAAAAAUGAUCAAAAUAAUGAU